UCACACACUACACCAUUACGACUAACACUACUCGUGUAUUAGUAUUACUAGCAUUUCCGCUCGCUCGCUCGUUGCCCGGAUCCCUCGUCGCUACUUUCCAACAUUUCUACCAUGCCUAAGCUGCCCGGGAAAAUCCAUAAUCCUGCACCUUUCUUCCUCUUCAUCCUUCUUUGUUUUUCCUUCAUUAUUUCAGCUACGUCCGGCCUCACCUUUUCAUCAGAUGUAGCGGCCCUUAAAGCCUUCAAAGCCGCAAUCAAGCCCUCUUCAAUUAAGCCAUAUUCAUGCCUUGGCUCCUGGAACUUCUCCAACGACCCUUGCUCCAUUCCUCGGGCUUAUUUCUCCUGCGGUCUUUUAUGCAGUGGCAACAGAGUAACCCAGCUCACCCUCGACCCGGCUGAUUCCGCCGGCACCCUGACUCCACUCAUUUCCAAGCUCACUCAGCUCGUCACGCUCGACCUCUCAACCAACAAAUUCUCUGCCCCAAUCCCACCACUCUACUCCCUAACCAAUCUACAAACUCUUUUACUCCGAUUCAACUCCUUCUCCGGCUCAAUCCCACCCUCUUUGACCGCGCUUAAAUCCCUCGAGACGGUUGAUCUGUCGCACAAUUAUCUUUCGGGAUCGCUGCCCAACUCGUGGAGCUCGAUCGGCAGCUUGAGAAGGCUCGACCUGAGUUACAACAAACUCACCGGUUCACUCCCCAAGCUCCUGCCCAACCUCAUUGAGCUGGUGAUCAAAGCCAAUUAUCUGUCCGGGCUGCUUUACAGGACUUCAUUCCAGGGGUUAACUCAGUUGGAGGUUGUUGAACUCAGCGAGAACUCGUUUUCCGGGACACUCGAAGCUUGGUUUUUUCUCUUGCCUGCUUUGCAGCAGGUGGACUUGGCGAAUAACAGCUUCACGCGGGUCGACAUCUGGAAGCAUAAGAAUGGGAACAGUGACCUGGUGGCCGUCGAUCUGGGAUUUAACAGAAUCGAAUGGUAUUUGCCCGUAAAUUUCGCAGCGAGGCGGGCGAGGGCGAUUGUGCAGGUGAGGCGGGCUGGCGUUGCGACACUGAGGUACUGGCGGACGUGAACUGCGGGCUUGGUGAGGCUAUGGUAGGCAUUAAUCUUAAUGAUGAUGACCGGGAUGUGAGGCUAAAAUGGUGGCCCAUAGAACCUUCGUCUAGAAUGGCGCCGUCUUCUCCAACCGCCCAAAGCUUUUUGCAUUGCCUAAAUCUUCAAUAGCAACCGGCAUCACGUCAGUCGUCAACUCACUUAUGUCCACUAGGCAUUUUCCCCAUUUAAUGGUGCUGUUUUACUGGUAUCUCAUCAUUGCAAGGGCCCCAUUACCUUCUUCCUAAAAUACCCCUAAAUGGCCUCCCGUGUAGGCAAGAAAAAAGAUGUUUUGGGUGGCGCCGCCUAAUAGGUCCUUUCUUGGCACAGACAUUUUCCUUUAAGGAUCAAUUGCGUAUCAAAAAACUUUGAAGGAUCAAAUUGACGUUAGUGAAAAAGUUUAGGAACUAAAUUAGCGAUUGACCGAAAAUAUAAUUGUGAUGCAGCGCAUUGUUCUUGAUCUAUAGUUUCCCAUCACUAGUUCAGAUAUUUUCUGAGCCCGAAUU